UUGCUAAGAGUUCCAAGGUUUUCUCUUUUUUUUAUCGUGUCAGAAGCUACUUGAGAACAUACAGUGAGUCGUUUCUAGUGUGAGAGAAUUGGCUGUCUACAGAGAUGUUGCCUAGGGGAUGCCCGGAUAUGUUACCAUCCUGCUGGGAGGCUUCUCUCAUGUCCCUGCAAGCUAGAGCUGACAGACGGGAGCUCACCCCAUCUUGCGGAUUCAAACCAGCAACCUUCAGACCUGCCAAUGAUGACGUUGUGUAAGAGAGACAAAGAAGAGGAAAAGUACUGCAGAGACUUGGAGAAGGAGGCGGAUUUGAAGGACUGGAUUCGGCCUGUGGUGGAAGACGAGCAAAUGGCGGCCUGCAGGGUCUGUGAGUCUGAGGUGAAAGCCAACUAUGCCGUCCUCCAGCAUCACAUGAACUCCACCAAAUAUCAAACAUGUGCCACUCCAGAUUGUGCGACACCCCUUGAUAAUGCAGGACUUAGCCUUUCAAAGAAUUGUAGUAAUACCAUGAUGAAGACUGAGGGAUCGUGCUCCUUGGCUUGUUCUCAGAAGACAAAAGAGGAGGAAACAAAUAAGGCAUCCGCGCAUGACGGGCUCAGAAAUGCAACAGAGCCUUUUCAGUUCAGCGCUGAACCCACCUUGGAAGACAUUCGCAAGCUCCAGAUUGCAUUUGCAGCAGAGCGUGGCUGGGGAAAGUACCACCAGCCUCGAAACCUGCUUCUUGCACUCGUUGGGGAAGUUGGAGAGUUGGCAGAACUCUUCCAGUGGCGGGAAGAUGCCCCCGAAGGCCUGCCAGGAUGGACAGCCUCCGAGCGCGAAGCCCUCUCUGAUGAACUCAGUGACGUCCUCAUUUACCUGGUGGCCCUUGCGAACAAAUGCCGCGUGGACCUCCCCACAGCCGCCCUCCAGAAAAUAGAGAAGAACCGCCUGAAGUACCCAGUUGAGAAAGUCUAUGGGUCAUCGAAGAAAUACACCGAGUAUCAGAAAGAAUGAGUCGUCUCAGCCUCUUCUUCGCCAGAGAGAAAUGCAUCUGCUGUAAAGCCAUGUUUUUUGAGGAUUCGAAGGAUGUUAUAACUUGGAUAUUGCCCAGACUAACUGGUCAGAGACCCCUUCCUUCAUUUUUAGACUUUGUAAGUGGAGACUAGUUAAGUCCUGAUUCAAAGACCCAAUGUGCUGCAUAUAAGGUAAAUGUCUGUUGCUGCUA